UAAAUGGUCCGCCAGAGUUGGUGGGCAGCAGCUCCUGGGUUACUUUGAGUUAGGGUCGCUGCUUUUGGUGUAGGAGACGGGAACCGCCUGUGUGCCGACAUUUCGGAGAAGUGGUCGGGGUUGCGAACAGUCAAGUGGAAGAGAAGGAGGUGACUUGUACAAAGAAACUGUAUUUCAGGACUGACAGGAUAAAUAUUUGGAUUAUGGCAAGAUGAGCUUCCUGUUGCCCAAGCUAACUAGCAAAAAAGAAGUAGACCAAGCAAUAAAAAGUACUGCAGAGAAGGUAUUAGUUCUCCGAUUUGGGAGAGAUGAGGAUCCAGUCUGUCUGCAGCUAGAUGAUAUUCUUUCUAAGACGUCUUCUGACCUGAGUAAAAUGGCUGCUAUAUAUCUGGUAGAUGUGGACCAAACUCCCGUUUACACGCACUAUUUUGACAUCAGUUAUAUUCCAUCUACUGUGUUCUUCUUCAAUGGGCAGCACAUGAAAGUGGAUUAUGGGUCUCCCGAUCACACUAAGUUUGUGGGAAGUUUCAAAACCAAGCAAGACUUCAUAGAUUUGGUUGAAGUAAUUUAUCGAGGAGCAAUGAGGGGAAAGCUUAUUGUCCAAAGUCCUAUUGAUCCCAAGAAUAUUCCCAAAUAUGACCUUCUCUAUCAAGACAUUUAACGCAUUCAUGACUAUCAAAGUUGAAGAAAAAAGCACAUCUUGAAACAGGUGCCCCAUCUGGCUUGAACUUUUAAAACAGUAUCCCAGUUUGCUCAUUUGACUAGCUUUUAUUAAAUUGCCCAAGAAAUGGGACAUUGAACCUUUACCAUCCAGCACCCAAUUUGAGCUAAACAAAUUAGUAAGUAGCAGCAGAUUUCUCCCAGAAGUCCAAGUUCUGCCACUUUCUGAAGCAGAGGAUUUUACUUCAAGGACUCAAGACUGGAAAGAGAUGUCAGAAUUGUUAGAAAUAACAUCUUUGUGGUAUUUGCCCAUUUUAAUAACUUUAUGAAGAAUUCUUGCUCUGCCAGCAGCCCUGGCAUAACCUGCCACCACUUGACAAGUCCCUGCUUCUCUCAAAACCUCGCUGGGCCUCUGGAUACUGACUUUGUAGAACAAAAGAAUAGAUGCAGACCCAGAGGGCAGUGGGCCAGACGUGGAUUUGCUUGCCAGACGCUGAUGUCCCAGCUCUGUGCAGACCAACACUGUCUCUGCAAGUUCAUUCUCCCCUUAGUGGGCGCUUCCUUUACAAGCCUUUUCUGCAAGAAGAGAUGACCACCCGUCCUGAUUCUCAUUGACGUGGCAGAGAAGGAAGGCCACUGUGGGUUUUUGCAUCCUUUGCUGACGACAGGAGAGAGCCGCUCCAGGGAUACGACGUGGAACCGUAGCAGCCAUCCCAGGACCAUUAGGACCAGCCCCGGGAUGAAACGUGAAUGUGUGGAGAAGAACAAUAAAAACCUGGGUCUUUGAUGAUGCUAUUGAGCUGCUUAGUGAACUCUAAACCUGCCUCCCUCCAGAAAGAAUAAAAUGUCUUCAUUGC